CUGUUUAACUUUCUGGAGCCAGUUGAUUUAGAUUAAAAUGUUUUCCAUGGGAGUACCCCUUUAAAUUAGAAUUUUCCAUGAUCUCCCAGCAGAUGGCGCUGACAGCACAUUAUUCUGCAGGACACAGCACAUUAUUCUGCAGGACACAGCACAUUGCCAACAACAACAGCUAUAGGAAACCUGGCAUUGGCCCUAUUCCUAAUUACAGGAAGAUAAAAUGAAUAGAAUGUAAUAUUGUAAUAAGAAGGAAACAUUUGUUGUUCUUUUAUGAUACUUGUAGUGGUUGUUGUGAAUACUUAUUGCGUAUUCAUCACGGGGGCGUUUCCAAAAUAAACCUGAACCUCGGCUUCCUCAUUCUAUAGGUUUCACUUCCUAUUCAGUAUAUAUAGUUUUCUUCUGUAUUUCUACCUAGAUGACUUGCAGGAAAGAUGGCACCGGGGUAUACACUGACCAUGGCGCUCUGUGUGGUUCUGGUGGGAGCAACAUACGCUGGAAAUCCUGGAUUCGUGGUACGAGUCACCCAGAAAGGGCUUGAAUACGCUCGUGAACAAGGGAUGACUGUUCUACGACAGAAGCUCUCAACUAUUCAUUUGCCGGAUUUCUCAGGAUCUUAUGAUGUUGGAAUCCUGGGAAAAGUGAAGUACAACAUCGAUAGUAUGGUUAUAACCAAUUUCCAGUUGCCCAGUUCACAAGUCACCCUUCUUCCCAAUGUUGGCAUGAAGCUCUCCAUCUCCGGGGCCUACAUUCAAAUACGUGGAAAUUGGGGAGUACGUUAUCUGUUUGUAUCGACUAGUGGUGACUUUGAAUUAAAGGUCCUGGGGAUCUCGAUUUCUGUGGGCCUGAGUUUGGGAAGCGAUGGUUCUGGUCGACCCACAAUAUCUACUACUGAAUGCAGUGCCCAUAUCUCCGACAUGCAAGUGCAUUUUUCUGGAGGACUUGAUUGGCUCAUUAACCUCUUUGAUGAUGUCAUCGCCUCAUCCUUAAAAAACACCAUGGAAGACCAGCUUUGUAAUAAGGUGAAUGACGCAGUAAAAAAUCAGCUGGAGCCUGUAUUGAGAAGUUUACCAGUUACAGCCAAAAUUGAUGAUGUGGCCGCUAUUGAUUAUUCUUUGAUCGGACCUCCAGCGGUGACUUCUGAAAAUUUAGAUGCACAACUGAAGGGAGAAUUUUUUGACCAGUCCCAUCGCAGCUCACCACCAUUUUCCCCGCAGCCGCUGUCCUUACCUGAUGACCACAGCCUCAUGGUGUACCUUGCCGCCUCUGAUUAUUUAUUUAAUACCGCUGGAUUUGUCUAUCAGUCUGCAGGGAAGCUCAUCUUUAAUGUGACAGAUGAUAUGAUUCCAAAAGAUUUUCCUGUGCGACUGAAUACAACAUCCUUUGGAAAAAUGAUACCCCAGAUAUCAAAGAUGUAUCCAGAUAUGCUAAUGAAGCUCAAGAUUUCAUCGCCUUCUGCUCCGUCUCUGGCCGUGGAACCAGGAAAUGUGACCAUUUCACCAGUUUUGGACAUCCAGGCUUAUGCAGUAUUACCAAACUCCUCUCUGGCUUCUCUUUUCCUAUUAAACUUGUCAGCUCAUGCUGUGGCAAAAAUUGGGGUGAAUUCAAGCAGAAUUGUGGGGUACCUGGAGCUUAGCAGCAUUAAGAUUGAUCUCAAACACUCAGACGUGGGGCCUUUCCCUGUGGAGCUUCUAAACUUCGCUGUGAACUAUUAUGUCUCACACAUUCUGCUUCCCCGAGUUAAUGAAAUUCUGGUGCAUGGCUAUCCUCUCCCGUUGCUGGAUGACGUUGAACUCUUCAAUGUCGUGCUAAAGCUCCAUGAGCAUUACCUUCUUCUGGGAGCAGAUGUCAAGUAUGGAUAAUUUCGAGGCAGCAAGAGCUGAAGAUCAAAGUAUCCAAACACUUCCUCCAAAAAAUGAUAAUAAAUAAUAGACCUAAGAAAAGUAGAAAAUAUACAGAAAAUGAGAUGGGGGCCGACCGGGGUGAUGACUCAAUAUUACCUUAAUUGCUCAAUAAU